CCUGACUCACCCAGUAUGGAGGGGGAGGCUGGGAAUGCCUCCUGCGCACACUGCGAGGCCAAUGUGCUUGCCCAGAGCUGCUGUCAAAACUGCUUCCACCCUGAGGAGGCCUACAGAGCAAGGCACCAGGAGCCCGGGAGCCCUCCAGGUGCGGAGGCACCCUACUGCGACCUGCCCCGCCGCCCGCCUGCCUCUGAGGACCUGCACAGAGCCUCAGCCUCCGGGUGCCAGUCUGCGGUGGGCCUCGGCCUUGGGCCAGAGUCCGAGAGGAGGCCAGUGACAGGGCUCCCUGCAGAGGGCCCCUCAGCCACCCCCAGGAGCAGGAGCUGGGACUCCGAGGCAGUGCCCUAUCUGGAGGGCCCAGCCUCCUCCCUGUGCAGCUUCGACGAGGGCCCCGACUCUGGCACCAGCUCCAGCCCUGACUGUGACGCCCCUGAUGAUACCAGCAACUCGUCCUCUGUGGACUGGGACGUUGUCAAAAGGCAGGAGGAGGCUCCCGGCGGGGACGAGAUCACCGAGAUGAUCCCUCGGAAGCUGCAGGAGGGGUCAAGAGCUGACAGCACCCACAGGGCUCCGUCCGUCCUCACCCGGUCCCCUGUGGGAGGAGACACUGCGAGCCAACGGAAGGAGGAUCCGGGUGGCGGGAGCCGAAGCGCCGGGCAGCACUGGGCGAAGCUCCGGGGAGAAAGUGGGCACUUCUUGGAGCGGCACCGGGCUUCCUCCGCGACACCACAGAGCGGACCUCGAAGUACCACCCCCCAGGCUUCCUCUCUCCAUCGCUCUGCCCAAAGGGACGCUGCCCAGACGGCUUCCAUACAACUUGAUGCCCCCCGAGCUUCCUCUCCCUCCCAAACAGCCCAACGGGACAACCCCAGAACCUCGUCCACCCAACAGGACACCCACAGGGCUUCUUCCACGCAGCAGAGCACCCCCAGAACGGCCUCUCCCUCAAGAAUCACCCAACGGGAUAACUCCAGAACCUCGUCCACCCAACGGAGCAAUCCUCGAGUUUCCUCUUCCCCCAGAGCCGCCCAACAGGACAACUCCAGAACCUCUUCUACCCAACAGGACAACCCUCAGACUUCUUUUUCUGCAUGUACUUCUCAACAGGAAAACUCCAGAACAUCCUGUGCCCAGAGGGACAACCCCAGCUCCUCUCCCAACCGGACCACCCAGCGGGAAAACUCUAGAUCGUCCUGUGCCCAAAGGGACAACCCCAGAGGUUCCUCUCCCAACCGGACCACCCAGAGGGAAAACUCUAGAACAUCCUGUGCCCAGAGGGACAAUCCCAGAGGCUCCUCUCCCAACCGGACCACCCAGCGGGAAAACUCCAGAACUUCCUGUGCCCAAAAGGACAACCCCAGAGGCUCCUCUCCCAAUCGGACCACCCAGCGGGAAAACUCUAGAACUUCCUGUGCCCAGAGGGACAAUCCCAGAGGCCCCUCUCCCAACCGGACCACCCAGCGGGAAAACUCCAGAACUUCCUGUGCCCAGAGGGACAACCCCAGAGGCCCCUCUCCCAACCGGACCACCCAGCGGGAAAACUCUAGGUCGUCCUGUGUCCAAAGGGACAACCCCAGAGCCUCUUCUCUCAACCGGACCACCCAACGGGAAAACUCCAGAACUUCCUGUACUCAGCAGAACACCCCCAGAACCUCUUCUACCCAACGGAACAACCCACAGUCCUCUUCCUUCCGGCGGGACCACCCCGGGAGCUCCUCCCCUCAGUGCUGCACCCCAAAGAACAAUCCCAGGCCAUCAUCUCCCCAUCGCUCCACCCAGCGGAAUAACCCCAGGAAUCCUUCUCCCCAUCGUACUAACAAAGACAUCCCCUGGGCCUCCUUUCCCCUCCGGCCCACCCAGAGCGAUGGUCCCCGGACCUCCUCCCCAUCCCGCUCCAAGCAAAGUGAGGUUCCCUGGGCCUCUAUCGCCCUUCGGCCAACCCAAGCUGACAGGCCUCAGACCUCAUCUCCCACCAAACCAGCUCAGCGUGACUCCCCCCAGUCCUCCUCGGGCCCGCCCCAGCACAGCUCACCAGCCCGGGCCUCUUCUUCCUCGCACAACCCCGGCCCCCACGGCGCCCCCCGGACUUCCACGCCUCUGUACCUCACCCGAGGGGCAUCCCAGACCUCUUUCGAGUCCUCCCAGCCUCCCUGUGCCGUGUGCAUCGGACACCGGGAUGCCCCCCGAGCCUCUUCGCCUCCUCGCUACUUGCAGUAUGACCCGUUUCCCUUCUUCCCAGACCCCCACGCCUCUGAGAGUGAAUCCACUCACCACGAGCCGCCCUAUAUCCCCCCGGCCGUGUGCAUCGGACACCGCGAUGCUCCCCGGGCCUCCUCACCCCCUCGCCACACCCAGUUCGACCCCUUCCCCUUCCUCCCGGACACAUCAGAUGCUGAGAACCAGUCGCCCCAGCAUGACCCUCCCCAGUUCCCCCCGCCUGUGUGUAUCGGAUACCGUGAUGCACCCCGGGCCUCCUCCCCUCCGCGCCAGGCCCCUGAGCCCUCCCUCCUGUUCCAGGAUUUCCCCAGGGCCAGCACCGAGAGCCUUGUCCCCUCCACAGACUCCCUGCACGAGCCCCCCCACAUCCCCACCCCUGUGUGCAUUGGACACCGAGAUGCACCCUACUUCACGUCCCCCCCACGCCAGGCCCCUGAGCCCUCCCUCUUCUUUCAGGACCCCCCUGGGACUAGUAUGGAGAGCCUGGCCCCCUCCACUGACUCUCUGCAUGGCUCCCCGAUGCUGCCCCCCCAAGUGUGCAUCGGGCACCGGGAUGCACCUCGAGCCUCCUCCCCACCCCGCCACCCACCCAGUGACCUAGCCCUCCUGGCACCCUCACCUCCUCCAGGCAGCUCAGGGGGCUCCCGGGGCUCAGCACCCCCUGGGGAGACCAGGCACAACUUGGAGAGGGAGGAGUACACCGUGCUGGCUGACCUGCCCCCGCCCAGGAGGCUGGCACAGAGGGAGCCAGGGCCCCAGGGCAGCAACGGGGGCCGAACCCGCAGCCCUGGCCGCGCAGAGGUGGAGCGCCUCUUCGGGCAAGAGCGCAGUUUUAUGGGCGGAUGGAAGGGGCCGGAGCCGCGCGGGCGAAGGGAAGGGCCGGAGGAGCGGCUCCGGGCGGCCGAGAGGGGCGGCGGCAGCGGGAUUCCCGCGCCGCGGAGCCCGGCCUGCGCGCCCCGUCCACCUUCCUGCCUCCUGCCCUCGCCGCCCCCGGGCGCCGCCAUGACGCCCGAUCUGCUCAACUUCAAGAAGGGAUGGAUGUCGAUCUUGGACGAGCCUGGAGAGUGGAAGAAGCAUUGGUUUGUGCUGACUGAUUCCAGCCUCAAGUACUACAGGGACUCCACCGCCGAGGAGGCAGAUGAGCUGGAUGGCGAGAUUGACCUGCGUUCCUGCACUGACGUCACCGAGUAUGCAGUACAGCGCAACUACGGCUUCCAGAUUCACACCAAGGAUGCUGUCUAUACCUUGUCGGCCAUGACCUCGGGCAUCCGGAGGAACUGGAUCGAGGCUCUGAGGAAGACUGUGCGUCCCAUCUCAGCCCCAGAUGUCACCAAGCUCUCGGACUGCAAUAAAGAGAACACACUGCACAGCUACAGCACCCAGAAGGGCUCCCUGAAGGUGGGGGAGCAGCGUGCGGGCUCUGAGGUCAUCAGUCGGGGCAGCCCUCGGAAGGCAGAUGGACAGCGGCCAUCCCUGGACUACGUGGAGCUCUCCCCACUGUCUCAGGGCUCCCCACAGCGGGCCCGCACCCCAGCUCGCACUCUUGACCGCCCAGCCAAGCAGGAGGAGUUGGAACGGGACCUGGCCCAUCGCUCUGAGGAGCGACGCAAAUGGUUUGAGGCCGUGGACAGCAGGGCCACAGAGACACCUGCUGGCGAGGGGCCACGCCGGGGCCUGGGCGCCCCCCUGACCGAGGACCAGCAGAGUCGGCUCAGCGAGGAGAUCGAGAAGAAGUGGCAGGAGCUGGAGAAACUGCCCCUGCGGGAGAACAAGCGGGUGCCUCUCACCGCCCUGCUCAACCAAAGCCGCGGGGAGCGCCGGGGGCCCCCUAGUGACAGCCAUGAGGCACUGGAGAAGGAGGUCCUGUCUCUUCGUGCCCAGCUGGAGGCAUGGCGUCUUCAGGGGGAGGCUCCUCAGGGUGCACCCAGGUCCCAGGAGGAUGGUCACAUCCCCCCAGGCUACAUCUCACAGGAGGCCUGGGAGCGCAGCCUGGCCGAGAUGGAGUCCUCCCACCAGCAGGUGAUGGAAGAGCUGCAGCGGCACCACGAGCGGGAGCUGCAGAGGCUGCAGCAGGAGAAGGAGUGGCUCCUGGCCGAGGAGACAGCCGCCACGGCCUCAGCCAUCGAAGCCAUGAAGAAGGCCUAUCAGGAGGAGCUGAGCCGGGAGCUGAACAAGACACGGAGCCUCCAGCAGGGCCCAGACGGCCUCCGGAAGCAGCACCAGUCAGACAUGGAGGCGCUGAAGCGGGAGCUGCAGGUGCUGUCGGAGCAGUACUCACAGAAGUGCCUGGAGAUCGGCACCCUGACGCAGCAGGCCGAGGAGCGCGAGCACACGCUGCGCUGCUGCCAGCAGGAGGGCCAGGAGCUGCUGCGCCACAACCAGGAGCUGCAUGCCCGCCUGUCUGAGGAGAUUGACCGGCUGCGCGGCUUCAUUGCCUCACAGGGCACUGGCAGCGGCUGUGGGCGUAAUGAGCGCAGCUCCUGUGAGCUGGAGGUGCUGCUGCGAGUGAAGGAGAACGAACUUCAGUACCUGAAGAAGGAGGUGCAGUGCCUCCGGGACGAGCUCCAGAUGAUGCAGAAGGACAAGCGCUUCACCUCAGGAAAGUACCAGGAUGUGUACGUGGAGCUGAACCACAUCAAGACGCGGUCGGAGCGGGAGAUCGAGCAGCUGAAGGAGCACCUGCGCCUCGCCAUGGCCGCCCUGCAGGAGAAGGAGGCGAUGCGCAACAGCGUGGCCGAGUAGAGGUCCUGUGGUUCGGCCCAGCUGCAGACUCCCAGCCCAAGGGGACCAGUUGCCCUCCUUCCCUGCUGGAUGGAAGUCAGAAGCCAAGCUUUCUCCCCACCCUCUGUGGGCUACACGUGCACUCACAACUAUCACACAGGCACACACACACACUGCACAGGUACACGUACACUGCACAGGUACAC